CGUCUUCACCUACCUAAAAUCUCUUUACUUCUUCGUAUAAUAACACCACUGUAGCUGAUUGGCAGCCCUUCGUGUUGUUCAUCCUCUCUUUUUGCAACUCUUCGUUUUGUGAUCACGCAGAAGAACAACACAUUGUUAUGGAUUCUGAUUCAGUAGUCCCAAAGACCGUUUGUGUCACUGGGGCUGCUGGCUUCAUCGGUUCCUGGCUUGUCAUGAGACUACUCCAACGUGGCUAUACUGUUCGAGCCGCCGUGCGUGACCCUGAUAACAUGAAGAAAGUAGAGCAUUUGCUAGAUUUGCCUAACGCCGACACACACUUGACUCUGUGGAAGGCAGACCUUACCCAGGAGGGAAGCUUCGACAAUGCCAUCAAUGGCUGCAUUGGAGUUUUCCAUGUGGCUACACCUUUCAAUCUUGAAACCAAGGACCCUGAGAAUGAAAUGAUAAAACCAACAAUCAAUGGUUUAUUGGACAUUAUGAAAGCAUGCGUGAAGGCCAGAACAGUGAGAAGAUUGGUGUACACAUCUUCUGCUGGAACUCUUAGUGCCACG